UUAAUUUAUUUAUUUUUGACAGAAGUAAAAUUGAAAACAGUACAUCUAGAUGCAUGGUCCAAUAAGGAAAAGCUGGCUUUGGCAUGCUCCGUUUUGAAAAGCGGAGAUCAGAACUGGGUGUCUGUGAGUCGAGCGAUCAGACCAUGUGGAGAGUUGGACCGACCAGCAGAAUGGUUUUCACAAAAGAACUGUGCUCUUCAAUACUCCGAUCUUCUUGAGAAAGUGGAAACACCAAAGCGAAAGCGAGGUGAUGAUGGGGUUGUGGAGACUCCCAGUAUUCAGAUAGUUAGAAAACUGACCAUUGAACGCAUUGAGGAACUCAAGAAACAAGUGGUUGAAGAGCAGCAGAAAUACAAAAAACUCAAGAAAGAUGUGGAGUACAUAAAGUCUGGUCAGUGGGAUGACAAACUGAUCGAGGUCUGGGAUAAAGUGCAAGCAGAGAAGCGUGCGAGUGAGGAUGCAGUCAAGGAACCGGAGAAAAAAGAACCAGAGGACACGACAGCAGCUGCUCGGGCCGAUCAGCUUGCAUCAAUCCGAGGGAGAAAACUGCAGAUUCCUUCAAACCCGCUCCUGGUGUCACAGACCUUUAAGACUGAGGUUGAGGAGAGUACACAAGAGACGACGAUAGGUUUAUCAAUUCAGGAUGUUAUUAAGGAGGAAGAAGUCAGCUCUAGUCCCAUGUUGACUGUCUCUUCAACUGCUACAACAGAGCAGAAACCCAAACAUCCCCCGACCUCGCCUCUUUUGUCCUCUCUGCUGCAGAGCAAGUUUAAAACAGCCGAUAGCUUACAACAGCUGAAAAAUGAGGCAGAACAAGCAGAGCAGGCACUUUCACAGCAGUUGUCCAAUCAACAGGCAGCUGCCCUGGAAGCUUUAGCCAAUCAGCAAAAAGAACAGUCGGUACCACCACAGGUGCAUGUAUCGGUUGCUCCACCUGUCACAUCACAGCCUGAGUUACUGCCGACGUCUCCGUCAUGUGCUGCGCCUACGUUAUCCAAGCUUCUCAAUAUCCAGGCAGCACAAAAGCCUCCUGUCACCCCCAUCACAUCACCUACUACAACUCCGGUCAUCUCACCAGCCAAAUUGCCUCUUUUAGUUACCGAUGACGCUGUUGGAAUGGACUUGGACGAGAAGCCGGUUAUUGAAGAUGUUCACGUGGAAGUGGUCUCCACUGAGGAACCGGAGGCUAUGAAGCAGCCUGAGCUCCACAUCAGUCCACACAAAGAAGCCGUGGAUGUGAGCUCCGUGAAGGAAGAAGUGAAAGUGGAAACCGAGGAGAAAACCCCCGAACUCACUCCACUAGAAGGUGAACAGAAGGAAGAGGCUGACAAAGAGUCUGGUGAUGAGGAAGUGGAGGGGCCGAGUUUCUACAGUGUUGAUGAAGAAGUGUCAAUCAAAGAGGAGCCACCAUCGCCUGCCAGCAGUGUGUCGUCCAAGGUCAGCGAGACGGGUGGCAAAUUACACAUACGACCACGCAAGAAAAAAGGUCGCUCAAGUCAUAGAAAAAUCAGUAGAGUGACUCGACGCAGUGUUGUUGAGGAUGACAGGAAAGAUGAUGCUAGUUCCAAACAUAGCGAGACGGACCUGACCGAUGAGGAAACCGUUGAGAGUGACGAUGCGCUGGGUAUCGGCACGCCCAUCCCGGCCAUGCAUUCCUUACCAUGCGAGUCUAUUCCAAACAGCCCAGCAUCGCUGUCAAUGUGCAGUGAUUCGGAAGAUGAAAAAGCAUUCAAGAUGUGGAAGAAAUCAAUCAUGCUAGUGUGGAGAUCAGCAGCCACUCAUAAAUAUGCUAGUGUGUUUCUUCACCCUGUUUCAAAUGACAUUGCUCCUGGAUACAAUACAGUGGUCCAUAGGUCGAUGGAUUUGGGUACGAUAAAAAAGAAUAUAGAGUCGGGCAUCAUCCGGACAACAUCCGAGUUUCAGCGUGACAUGAUGCUGAUGUUCACCAAUGCUAUCAUGUACAACAGCUCCAACCACAAUGUCUUUCGGCUUGCCAUGGAGAUGUACGACGAUGUCAUGGAGCACAUUAAGCAAUACGUUAGUACUCAACUGAUGGUACAGACGACAGACACUAAAAACCUGCGACAGUCGAGAAGAUCAGAGGCUCAGGAGGAUGAAGCUAAAAAGCGAAGACCAUCACAAGAUCCACCUCAAGAUGGCGGCAAAUCAAAGAAACGGAAGACGCGAGGAGAUGACACAUAAAGAUGGAUCUGUAUUUUUCACCAAGAGGAGAUAACACAUAAAGAUGGAUCUGUAUUUUUCACCAAGAGGACAUAACACAUAAAGAUGGAUCUGUAUUUUUCACCGAGAGGAGACAACACAUAAAGAUGGAUCUGUAUUUUUCACCGAGAGGAGACAACACAUAAAGAUGGAUCUGCAUUUUUCACCGAGAGGAGACAACACAUAAAGAUGGAUCUGUAUUUUUCACCAAGAGGAGAUAACACAUAAAGAUGGUGGAUCUAUAUUUUUCACCGAGAGACAUGGAAAAUUUGCCAACUGUACCAGACUAAAUUUGACAUAUUUAGCAGUAUUAUUACUCGAGAAAUGCAAGCCAAAACCGGUGCUCCUAAUAAGCAAAGAAUGCUUGGUGUAGUUACAAAUCAUAUGCAGAAGGGAGUGCUCUUUAUCCAUUCAAACUAGUCUAAAUUAUUGCUGGCCUUACAAAAAAAACCUAGUCUUCACUGUAUUUUUGAAUAUUUUGUUGAAAUGUGUAACAAUCAUCCACAAUGUGUUAGGAGUCCUGGCACAGGUAGAAUUUCAUUUGGCAACAAUAUUCUUGUACAGGUGAUAUUCUGUGUAUUGGCUACUAUGCUGAAUUACACACAAAAAUAUGGCACAUACUGAUGCUGUAAAAUAGAUGUUUACCAAACACAUCUGUAAAAUAUACAUGUUUACCAAACACACCUGUGAAAUAUACGUUUACCAAACACAUCUGUAAAAUAUACCAGACGUGUAAAAUAUAGAUGUUUACCAAACACAUCUGUAAAAUAUACCAGACGUGUAAAAUAUAGAUGUUCACUGAACAGCUGUAACAUAUGUAUGUUGUAGAGCAGUGUCUUGUAUUUUGGUGGUGAAAUGAAACCCAGUGUUAAAUGGGGAACUGUGCUAAAGACAAAUAAAACUAUAAAUUGAU